UGAACGCAUUAGGUUCUGAGGUAUUUUGAGACAUAAGAAUGUUCAAAAAGCAUUGAGAGUCUAUUGGAAGAGUAUCAUGCCUCAUAAGUGUUGGCAAGUAUCUGUGAUGACAUUUAUAGACACUCUUAGAGGUAGUAUUAAAUUGGCUUAGUUACCUUAAAUUUCUAAAAUCUCCUAAAAAUAAUGGAAGGAUUAGUACUAAAUUGAAGACAAGAAAUGGUUCAUAAACCAGAAAAUAUAUCCCAAGACGCCAUGAAUACAGCGAAAAAGAUUAUGUACAAGCUUAUAGGUUAAAAAUUUAGAUAUUAAGUUCCUAAAAGAAAAUAGCAAUGUUCUUUGUAGGGGUGGGUGACUGAGGAGGUAAAGUUGUGUUGUCUGACUCAAAUCCUAAGUCUUUUCUCCUUCUUUCGAGUUUCUGAGCUUCUUCCUUGAGGUUUAUAGGUUCUAGAUCAAGAGAGUUCUCCAAGUUACAGAUAGUAACCAUCAUUUCAUGUGCCUUAUCCAUCUUUUCACAGAGGAGGCUUAGAGCUCCUUCUAAAAUUCAUAAAUAGUACCCUUCUCAUGACUGAUCCUUCAUUUUUCCACUCAUUAAAAAUUGUGGUAGAGCAAGGUGAGAGUAAAGAAGAUGAUUACUAGAUUGCGCAGAAAUAUAAGCAAAGAUACCAAUCAGAGUGUCAGCGCAAAUGGCAGUUUCAUCAUCGCCGCAGAUGAUUGCACCAUCUCUUUUGAUAGACUCUGCAACCCAUUUGAUCAUGUAUAUCUUCUCCAAUGGAGAUUUUCAAUAAUCCAGACUCGAUAAUUUGCUAGAAGCAUUUUCAUAUUUUAGCUGAAUGUAAUCAGCCUGAGAAGCCCUAUUAAAUUUGCUAGGUCUCUCUGUUAAAGUUGAAAGCUCUUCAUCUCUUGGAGUAUACCUUAUGCUUUCAAAAAGAGAGGUUUUCUCGAUCUGAACCCUACGAAAGCUUGAAUCAAUCUGACUAUAAAGUCUCUCUAUCAAGUCAAGUUUGUUUUCAGAUUGAUCAUCAUUUCUUUCAAUAAGCACUUUAGCAAGAACAUGUUCUUUCUCCAAAGUCAAAAGUCUUCAAAAUGUAAAAAGAAGUUGAUAAGUCUUGUCUCCCAUGUACUCAGACAUAAGAUAAUUAAGUAGUUCAUCCUUAAUCAGAAUGAAUGAGUAUUUGCUAAUGAGUCCAGAGUAAAAGAGUGGAACAGUAUCAAUAAUUAUAUUCAGUACACUUUUGAUCUCAAUGAAACUGUGCUCUAUCUGAGUUCGGAUUUCUUUAGAAAUCGUCAAGUCAUAAUUAGUAUUAUUAAUUUCAUCUUGCAUAUCUGAGACUUCGCCGUUUCAGAACUUAACAGUCUGAUCAUAAAUUUUAGUGAUUUGCUUAUUCUUCGUACAGAUUGAAUGAUAAUAGCAAGAAAAAAUGUCGAAGAAGUCCUUCAAAAGAUUAGCCACUCAGUGUGCUGGAUGCUUAAAUUGCUUCUUGAGUGUCUUAACCACAACAGAGCCUAGAGCUUCGUUUCUCUCCGUCUUGUUAGUAUCCAUCUCUAAGCUACUAGACUCGGAGCACUGGCUAAGGUAGAGAGAUAAAUUGUUCUUAAAGUCUUCCCUUUUCGUCUUCUUUUGCUUCUGUACAUUCUUCAUUGCUUUUAAAAACUUUUUCUUAAUAUCUUUAGACUGAAUAGUCUUGUUUUUACAGAGUUGCUGAAAUGCGAGGAUGGGUCUUUCUAGCCAUCACUCUCCAAAAGAUCAUUCCAUACUUGAUUGUUAAGU